UGGGAAGAAAGUUUUAGGACGGAAGGAGUAUAUGUUAAGACAAAUCAAACAAGAUCACACAUGACUAUAUUUAGGCUUACACAUUGAGAGAAUUUGAUGAGUCAAAGUGCUUAGAUGAACAGUUCCAAAAGUCAAAACUGGACAAAUACUCCGGGACGGAAGAAAUAUUAUUUAAUUUAUUUUAUCAAAUCAUUAAUGAAAACAUUGAAAUAAAAAAAAUGAUUUUUGAAUAUCUAAUUCUUAGGAAAUCUUCCACACUCUACUACUCUAUCGCAGCGGAAUUUCCGCCGCGAAACCCCGCGAUUAAAUAUUUUACAUCCGCAGCAAUGCUCUGUCGACGGCGCCGUACAUACUCCCAGUCAGUCCGCCAUGGAAUCCGGCCUCUCGGAGCUUCAAUUCGAUUCUACGCCUCCAUUUCCAGCCUCAAGGUGCCCUGGCGAAGGGAUCGGAACCUAGACCAAGCCAUCGAGAACGACAAGCCAUGGAAGCUCUGCGCGAGGCUCGUCCGGGAGGUUCUCAACGAGCCCGGCCAGGUAAUCUCCCUCCGAUACUUGCAGAACCGCCGCGAGCGGCUCUCUCUCCCGGUAAACGUCCCCACCUUCCUCGCGCGGAAUCCGGGCCUGUUCGACACCUACUCGGGUCGGAUCCGACCCGAUUCCGACCCCGUCCCGUACCUCCGGCCCAGCGUCCCGCUCCGGCGGUUCCUGGAGGAAGAGAGCGAAAUUUACACCCGAAACGAGAGCUUCUUAGUCUCCAAGCUCUGUAAAUUGCUGAUGAUGUCUAGGGAUAGGGUAAUCUCUGCAGAUAAAUUGUUCGAGGCCAAGAGGGAUUUCGGUUUCCCCAACGAUUUCCUAACCAAUUUGGUUCCCAGACACCCCGAGCUUUUCCGGUUGAUCAAACCUCCCGGAUCGGCGAAAUCGUUCUUGCAAUUGGUUUCAUGGAAGGACGAUUUCGCCCGAUCCGUGAUCCAACGGAGAUCCGAGGAGGAAUCGAGGUUAACCGGGAUACGGAUCAUGCCCGCAUUCAACUGGACCCUUCCCCCUGGCUUCUUCAUCAAGAAGGAGAUGAGGGAAUGGGUGAGAGAUUGGAUGGAACUCCCCUACAUCUCCCCCUACGCGGACUCGUCCCACUUGGGACCAUCCUCUAGGGAAAUGGAGAAGAGAACGGUCGCGGUUUUCCACGAGCUGCUCUCUCUCUCCAUUCUCAAGAGGGUACCGGUUCCGGUUCUGGGCAAGUUUGGGGAGGAGUACAGGUUUUCGAAUGCCUUCCCGAACUUGUUCACUAGGCACCCGGGGGUGUUCUAUGUUUCGUUGAAGGGUGGGAUAAAGACCGCGGUGCUUAGGGAAGCUUAUGAGGGCGAUCGACUCGUUGACCGGGACCCGAUUCUUGAGAUCAAAGAUAGAUUUGUGGAGUUGCUCGAUGAGGGACGUAGGUGGGAGUCCGAGAAGAAGUUACAAAAAAGGACAAUUGAGGAGGAUAUGAAGUUCGUCGCAACAACGAGAGCGAUGAUAGAGGAUCAAUCAUAGUACCCAAUUGGCAACAACUUUAGCGUUUAACAUUUUGAAAAAGCUAUCUAACAAACAAUGUUUAUCUAAUGGAGGAUCAAUCAUAGUCCGUAGGCACGGCUCGCACGAGCAAGUGAUGUGACAAAUGGCAAAAAGGGGGUGUGGAAUGUACAGGUUAAAGCAUUGUUGUGAGAACUUACGAGGAGUAAGGAAGAGCGAGUAGCCUUCCUUAGACAUGUUAGAUUUUGAAUGAAUGUAGACUUAAGUAUGUCUACAUUCAUUCAAAAUUUAAUGUAUCUAAUAAACCUUGAUAGACAGUUAUUGUAGAAUGGAG